GAUCAACAGUUUAAAUCGAAAGUUCAACAGAAAAACAUCUCAUUGAUCAGUAAUGAAGUUUUGUUUAUUAUUUUUGCUCAUUUUUUCUGUGACUCAAGCUCUUCCACCUCCAAUUUCAAAUGACUUUCCGGAACUACGUGCACGAAUUAAAAGAUUGAGAGCAGUUUCAGAGAUGGAUAUUAUGGUUGCUUGUAAUCCAUUGUCAACAACAGCAAACCAACAUUUGACAAAUUUCUAUAAAGCUUUAACAAGACUUUCUCCAAUUGUCGGGUCAGAAGCAACAAAUGAAGCUUAUUUGUCACUUCAACCGCGAUUUGUUUCGGCCACAUCAAUGUGUUCAUCACAAAAUCCAUCAAUCAAUGAACUCAUUCGAAGAUUUGAAGAUAACAUUUUAAGGCGCGCUUGGUAUUUGUCAUCAUCAUUCUGCGUUCCGGAUGCUGAAGAACAAGCAUUUGCAUAUGGUCAUCAACUUUUCGGACAUUUUUCUGGCUUUUUGACUAACUAUGCGAUCACAACCAACAAUGAAUUUUCUAAUAAUCUUCAAUAUGGAUUUGAUCAUAUGAAUUUAAUUGAACAGAAAGGAGGUUCUGAGAGAACUCCAUUGCCAAUUUCCACAUUUAAUUAUGCUUUCAGUAUUCUGGAAAGCAGAUUUGUGAAUGUCCAUAAUCCUUGGUAUGAACACGAAACUAAAACAAGAUUGGGCCCUUACGACAUUUCGGGUGUUGACCAAAUAUGUCGUCCUAUGAUCAACGUUCCUAAACUUUAUUAA